CGUGAAAUGUAUAUCUCGUUAACAGUAUAUACCGCAAAAUGGCGAAAUCAAACCAGAAUCACCCUGGCUACGGCACCGAAUACGAAAUUUAUCUCCCUGCCUAUUUGGCCCUAAAACUAAACAACCAUGAAGAAAUCAGCGAUUUCUCAUUCAGAAGUAACUCUCAAGACUUCGGCAAUUUCGACGACGUUGUCCUCGACAUUAAAUUUACAAAUGGAACCAACAAACAUUUCGCUUUCCAGUUAAAGCACAAAGGAGACGACGGUAAGACCUUAUCUCCAGCAGCGCUCGAAUCCACCAAUAACCCCUUCAGCCUACCCCAGUAUUGCCAAAGCUUCAAGAAUUUGAAACCCAACAUCAAAAACAAUUACCAGUUUAUCAUUUACACGAAUGCCAACCUAAGCGAAAACGUCAAAAAUGGACUAAAAAUUUUUAAAAUGGACAAAGUCGAAGAUCACGUAGAGUUGGAAUUAUUCAACACGAGCGACUCUAGUGACAAAGUGUAUAACUUUAGUGUCACUAACGUUCCGCUGAAAACUGCCGAAAUAACUAAAAGUGAGUACAAGGAGUUUUUUUCGAAGCUAACAUUCUACACGGGUCAAAAAAAUUUCAAAACACUAGAACAGGAAAUAUCUCGAAUUUUAGGCAACGAGAAUGUUUUCCAGAGCUACGUUGCUUUAUUUCGAAAAUGGCACCAAGGAAGAUUUAGUAACAAAACUAUAGAUCGUACAACGGUUAACUUCCACCUUUGUGACAUGUUUUUGUGGACGUACAACACCGACCACUGUUUUUUCAGCACACAAAAUCCAAACAUGGAAUUGUUUGAUCAAGCAGUCCACGAAUUUGAUGUUACUUUGCUUAACAAGCCAGAUCUAGCAACAUGCCAAAAUUUUGACCGUUUAUCGAGCAAAAGAGCAAAAUCCAACUUCAACAAAUACACCAAGAAGUACGCCCGCAAAUUCGGAGUGAAAGAAUGUAUGUUACGAUUAGCAAAAGACUACAAAUUUACUGAGAGAACAUCAGGUGAAUUGGAUGAAGUCACCCAGAAGAAAAUAUAUUUUUAUUUCUUUGAAAACUUGCUGGUGGUUGAUUUUUAUAAAAACUCGGAAGAGUCAAUUUAUCAGUUGCUGAAACUCUAUAAAGUUAGAGAAGAUAGAGUAAAAUUUGUGCUACUAGGACGUCACAAAGUUGACUACUAGGACGUCACAAAGUUGAUUCCAGUCAGCUACUCGGGGUCACAGUUUUCCAAAACCUAGACGACAUAAGAGUAAAAAAUAAGGUUCUUUAUGAGAAUAUAAUAACCAAAUGUAAAAUCUCGUUACAAGGACGAAGCGAAAUCAGUCUGAAACAACUAAGUGACGAUUUUGACAACGUGACGCCUGUUUUUAAGACAGAAGAAGUGGUAAAAAUGUUAAAAGAGCGGCUCUUGAUUGGCGAAGAAAAAAUAUCAAACUAUCACAUACUCAGAAAAGUCUCCACAAUCGUCUUUAGUACAGAAAAUCUUUUAAAACUGUGCAGAAAUGGAAAAUAUGCGGUAUAUAUUGUCAAACUUGACAACAACUUCAAAUUUCGACAAGAAAUAGAAGCGAUAGACGUCCACAAAUAUCUUCAAAAUGGAAAAGGUUUUGACCAGAUGUCACCCAUAUUGUCAGUAAGUGAAAACUUCAAUGAAACUUUAUUCGAAGAUGUUUGUAACAUAAAUCCAGGCAAACCUGUACAUUUCUUCAAAUCAGUUGGUGACGAUAAAUAUUUGCUAGUACGAAGUACUAGCGCUCUAAUUCACGAAGUAGAAAACACACAACAGGAAAUUUUUGAUGAAGAGGAAGUUCACACAGUUUUUGAUAAUCCGGUAAACAUUCUGAUUGCUGAACCUGGAAUGGGAAAGUCAAAAACUUUGAACUAUUUAGGAAUCAACUGUCCACACGAUUUUUGGGCUAUAAAUGAAAAUCUUAAAGAUCACUACAUGUUCUUCAACAGAAAACACUCCCCAAAAAGCGUUCUAAAAUAUUUUAUCAAAACGACAACUCCCAAUAACAUCUUCAUUAAAGUCUUCAUUCAACACAGAAAAAUGAUUUUCUUCUUGGAUGGUCUAGACGAGAUACCGAGUCCCUAUGUCAAAAAUGUUUUAGACGGAAUAGAAAAACUGUCACGUCUGGGAUUUCGUGUGUGGGUGUCUUCUAGACCAAACCUACAAAACCAACUGUUGAAAAAAUUCAACAUCUUUAGUAUAGGCAUCUUAGAACUCAGUGAAGAAGAGCAAGAACGAUAUGUGCAAGAUCGACUUCAAAGCGAAUACAACGAAGACAAGAUUAAAGUAGUCAUGAAACACAUUUUUACCAGCGUGAAUAUGAUCAACAAUCUACAGAUUUUAGGAAUACCGCUACAGCUGUACAUAAUCACCGAGAUACUACUCAGCAACCCGAAAUUCCGAAAAACUGACAAUUUUUUCGUUUUGACCAAACUAUACAAAUACUUCUUCGAAGGAAAAUAUCGACAUUGCGUUGAAAAAACUAAAUGUGAUCAUCCGUGCCCCUUCAUGUAUGACUGUAGUGAGUAUUUAGAACAAUACGAAACACUAGCUUUGCAGUCACUUUUCGAUGACGAUAUUCUUCACACAAUGAAUGUGGACCUCCGAAAAUACCAAUACUUCAUAAAUAAGAUAAAAACCGAAGGAGAUCCGUUAGGGAUUGUCAAAAAAAUUGAUGGUCAGAAGGGGGUGUUUGAGCACAACACCUACGCCGAGUACUUCGCAGCUACCUUUUUUUCCAAAAAUUUUGACAAAGCUCGAGUUCUCAUCAACCGUCUUUUUGUCAAAGGAUACAGCAACGUCCUACUAAUGUUGAAUAUCAAACUAUGCGAACACAACCCUUUGCACCUCGCAAUCAUCCACAAAAAUUUUGACGAAGUGGAAAAACACCUUGACGACGAAAAAAUACAUGACGAAGGUGGUCGAAAUCCACUACACCUGGCUAUGGAUUUUUCAGACUGCGUUAAUUUGUUUUCGGAAGACGGUGACAUUAUUGACUCUUUUGAAGCAAUCAAGUUUACCAUAAAUCACUUAUCUACUGACGACGAAGAGGAAAUUCGACGAAAUAACAAUCUUAUCAGAAAACUCAUGCUGAAAUUUGAUCCGUACGAGCGUGAUAGAAUAUUUGACAAAGAUAGCUUCCACUAUGCCAUACUUCAGGGUAAUUUAUUUGCAAUUGAAUUUAUUUUGGAGAACUUUGGGAUGACACAUGAGGUCUAUAAAGAUCUUGAAGCUCACAACUUCAUCAACAAUCCUACAAUUGCCUAUUAUUCAGUGUUGUGGGGCUACCUGAACCUGUUGACGAUUUCUUUGGAUAAACGUCAUUCGAAGAUUGUGAAGAUUAUAGAAGACUCUUUCAAGUCGAAGACUUUACUACGUUUUGCUUUACAAAGUGAGCUGAAGAAGAAAAAUCAGAUCGCUGAAUUACUCGUUGAUUAUGGACUAUCAGAUAAUGUAUACAAGAACGCAAUUUUGCAUCUAUCUGUUCAAAACAACGAUCUAGAAUUUACGAAGAUGUUGUUAGACGAAGACACGAACUUCGUUGAUGCAAGAGACAAAACGACAGGAAACACCGUACUACAUAUCGCUGUUAAACAACAAAAUAGAGAAAUGGUUAAGUUGCUGCUUGAAAAAGGUAGUAAUGUCAAAGCUGUCAAUAAUCUAAACGAGCAAGCGAAACAUUUAGCCAUUCAAAACCAAGACUUAGAAAUUUUACAGAUGUUGCUAUCCAGACAACAACAACAUACUGACUUGGACUACCAUGACGAAAUUAUGUUACACUACGCCGUAGCAACCACCAACAUUGAAAUAAUUAACUACGUGCUAGAUCAGAAUCUAGAUGUUAACUUCCAAGACGAAGAUGGGAAAACGGCAGUUCACAUAGCUGCAGAAAUGGGUCACUAUCAAUCUGUUGUAGUUUUGCUACAAAAAGGAGCCAACUUUAGUUUGAAAACUAAAUGUGGUCUAACAGUACUACACUGUGCAGUUCUUGGAAACAACAUUGAUAUAAUUAAAAUGUGUUUAAGUGACCAACAGAUCAAUAUGACAGAUGAUAAAGGCGAACCACCUUUAUUUUAUGCCAUUAGAAAAGGGUCCUUCCACGUAGUCGAACUACUACUAGACAAAGGAGCAGCCGUAGAUAUCACAUCGACGAUUGACAAAGACACCGUCCUACAUGUUGCCAGUGCUUGUACAGACAGCAAUAAAAUAAUACAGUUACUUCUUACCAAGAAGAUUAAAAUAGUCAGUCUUCUGUUAGACAAUGGAGCUGACAUUACGAAAAUUUCCACAGAAGGAAUCAAUAUUUGGUCAUUUUUAAGCAAUUCACAAAUGCGUAAGCACGAGACUACGAUUAAUUUGAUUCUGGAAAGAGGCGCCAACCCUAAUUUGGAAAUCAUAUCUGUGGAUUCUCUUGACAAAACUACUAACCAUGGUACACCUCUAAGCAAAGCGAUCGCUAGUAACUGUUGGGACUUGGUGGAAAAGUUACUACAGUAUGAAGCCAAAAUCCAAGACCUGUUCGCAGUGAAAGAGUCAUUCCGAAACAAAGCUUAUUUAGAGGUACUUCUGCGGAAAGGUCUUCGACUUGACGCUCUUAAUAAAGAAGAUCUCAGCCGAAUACUCAUGUCAAUAAUUCUUCAUGAACCGAGACCUGAGCGUAACAUGCAAUUGUAUACAGAUAACAAACUUAACAUAAAUAUAAAACACGACGGAGACACAAGUUUGCAUCAAGCAGUUGCCCUUGGAAAGUCCCACGUUGUGACAUGGUUACUGCAAAAUCAAGCAGACGUCAAUGCCACCAAUUUUAAACUAAAAACACCUCUUCAGGUAGCUGUUGCAACCAAACAACUCGAUAUAGUCCACCUUUUGCUCAAAAACGGCGCCGACAUCAACUACUACACCGGACAGAAUGACGCUAUUUGGGAAAGCUUGUGCAAACACUUCCCCAAGGACUGUGCAAAAAUAAUAGUCAACACCUAUCCCAAUUUAAAAGUUUUGAAUGGAUUGACGCCUCUGUACUACGCUGUUGACAACGACGACGAACACAUGGUACGACGACUAAUGGAAAAAGGAGCAGACGUAAAUGACUCUCGAGCUUUCAGGAAAGCAGUCCAAAGAGGUAAUAUCUCCAUCGUCGACCUAUUUUUAGAAAGAGGCUACCAAGCUGACAGUGAUAAUCCAGCAAACCAAGAAGUCAUGUCUAUAGCAGGCAGCUUGGGCAACUGCAGCCUAAUUGAUUUACUCCUGAGACGUGGUUUUAAAAUCAAUUCUGCUAACAGUUCUGGUGACACAGCACUGUAUUUAGCUGCUAAAAACAACCACUUUCUUGUGACGAAGCUACUGAUUUUGAGAGGAGCUGAUGUCAAUUGUGCUUCUCAACGUGGCGAAACUCUUUGGGACUACUUGGAAAAGCACGAUACAAGUAUUACAGAAGCGAUUUUACAAAAAGGUGUCACUGAAAUGAGGUUGAGCAAGUCAAAUCAGAACUCUCUUCUGCAUUAUGCUAUUCGGCACUGCGACGAAAGACUAGUUAACUUUUUAUUGCAAUCGCCAGAGGUGGUGUUAGACUGUAACGACCCGUCGCUGAAAGUAGAAGCUAUUCUGAGGAAGAACUCACCCAUUUUGCAAGCACUGGAAAGAAGAAGAUUUGGAACGAAUGUUCAAGUGAAAGAGAGAGUUGAUUCUUGCUUGAGGGAACGUCGAAGUUUUGACAUUUUGUGUUGGUUGAAAGAAGACGAUAUGACGAGCGAAACAGACACUUCGAGUUUAUAUAAACUGCUACAUCUUGCGGUUUAUUUGGGAAAUGACGAGUACGUUGAUUUUGUCUUCAAAAGAAAAAUUGACAUGGACUCUGUUGACGUUUACAAUUCUUUGUAUCCGCUACACUUCGCUAGGGAAAACGGCGUUUUGAAACGUCGGUUAUUGGUAGAAAUGACCAGAUGGAUCGAUCGUCAAUAUAUUGAGAACAAAUUAUGGAAACUUGAAGAUAUGAGAAGACAUGUUUUACAAAGGUAUCCCCUAAAUAAAGCAGAUUUUAAUAAAAAACAUAAACAUUCUUAUUUGACAAACGAAGUGGAAUGUAUUGUAUCAAAAAAGGCGAACCCGCUCCAGGAAUCAAGAUUUUCGGUUUUAAAUGAUGAUUCUGUUGGAAAACAUUUCGAACGCUCAUCGUCUACACUUGUUAACUGGUUGUACAACGUCAAAGAUGUCGUAGUUGGGAAAGCUAACAGCACUUGAAGAUAGAAGAGUUUUAUUACUGAAGUUUUCAUUGGAAGAGUUUAACUAAAAUCCAUCAACAAAGAUUUGGAGUAACAGCCUUAACCAAGCGAAACAACUAAAAGUGAACUUCGCAUUCCAAUGUUAUGUGUGCUUGCCUUGCAAUGAUGUAAUCAGCUACGUCUAAAUACACUCACACACCAUAGGACCCCAAGAAGUUAGUUACCGUCGAACUCUCAACAACGGAAUUCAAUGUAGUUGAAAUCUUUGCUUUAAAUUCUGUAAAAACUACUGCAUUUCUUUGAAUUUUCGAUGUGACGAAAGCAACAUUAGAUGUCGUGCGACAAAAUCUUCGUUGUCAAAAAUUUCGAUAUGUGUUCUUAGAAAUUCACAAUACCAAUACAAAAUUUCCAUAUUUUGAUGAUUGAAAUGUAAUGAAGACAAAUUUUUACGUAACUACUCUAAGGUUCGAUAUACCACGUGGUCAAAAAUGACUGAGUCUGUUGGCAAUCCUGAGUUUUAGUUGAAAUUAGUACCAUGAUAUUUUCUAUAAUUUCCAGUUGUCAGCUGUCAAGAUCGACACAUUAUUAUUGUUGUUUAAUUUGAAAUGUAUUCAAAACAUAGCCUAAAUGUAUGGCAUGUCACGACCGACGUAAGUAUUACGGAUUUCCUUCCGUUAUACCAAUCUGAAUGCAAGAAAAGUUUCUAGUUUUACUUGAAAAGUACCGCCAACAGACUCAGUUAUUUCUGAUCACGCGGUUUAUACAGCUUAAAUUUCGGUAUAUGGUGCCAAAAUGUCGAUAUUUAUUUUUAGAAAUCAACAAAAUCCAUAAAGCUGUCUAAUAUUUUAUUGUAAUAGGAACACUAUUCGAUGUAGGUCAAAUGUUUGCUUUGCAUUUUACUGAGAUAUAAUGGAGACAUACUUUAAAGUAGUUUUUCGAAGAUUCGAUGUAGAACGACGAAAUUUCGAUGUAUGGUGCCAAAAUUUCGAUAUUUCUUCUUCGGAAUCCACAAUUCCGAUACAAUUGUCUAAAAUUUUCGUUCAGUAACAAUAAUAUUCAAUGUAGUUGAAAUGUUUGCUCUAAAUUCAUUAAAAAUUGCUACAUUUGUUUGAAUUUUCACAUGGGACCAUUAUUAUUUCUAGUCUUCAUGAACGACAUCAAUAUCUGUUUCCGGAGCGGUAGAUUUUUGCUCUUUCCAGAUGAUCUGAAACUCUUCUAUAGAAUUGGUACACCUGCCGACUCAGAACUAUUGCAAAGGGAUCUCUCGAGAUUCGAGCUAUGGUUUGACUAUAACAGCUUAGAAUUAAUCUAAAUGUAAGGUAAUUAGGUUCUCCAUCAAAAAAAUAUCCACUUUUCCGUCAUAUUUUAUUUUACAUUAUUUCUACGUAGUAGCUCUAAAGUUCCAGAUUAUGUCUAAAUUUCGAUAAAUUUUCACCAAAAAUUUCGAUAUAUAUUCUUAGAAACCCACAAAAUCAAUACAACUGUCUAAAAUUUUCUAGUAAUGGGAACAAUUUUUGAUGUAGUUUAGAUGUUUGCUCUAGAUUCACUAAAAAACUGUUAUAUUUAAUUGAAAUUUUAAAGGCACGGGAACAAACUUCUAAAUCAUUGGACACAAUUUUCAUAUUUUAAAGACUGAAAUGUAAUUGAGACAAAUUUUGACGUAACUGUUGUUAGGAUCGAUAUAUAAUGUAGCAAUUUCGAUGUAUGGUGCUAUGUUGAAAAGGCCUUAAGCCUCAGCAGCACACCAUCUAAUUUGUAAAUAUUUUAAGACACAAAAUGUAGA